GAAAACUUCUCCCUCCCUCUUUCCUUCUCUCGCUUUUCUCUGUUCUCUUUUUUCUCUUUCUUUUUUUUCCUUCUGGAAUUGCCUCCGACAGAAGCUCCAAAACUGCUCCCAGAAAGCCCAAGCCCUUGAAAAUCCAAAGCACCAAGCGUCUUUACAAUGCGUGUUCUGCUUCCAUAGGAAUCUCUCUCCCCCUCCCUCUCUCUCUCACUCUAUCUCUUUUUUCUGGUUUUUUUUUAUUGUUAAUCUGUAGCUCCAUUUUUGGUAUAAGGGCAUGGGUUGAGAGAGAGGGCCAGGGAGAAAUUCACACAGCUAUGUCGUAUAGCACGCUGAGAAUUGACGACGACGAUUUUGUCCCUGUCAGGCCUUCCUCCGUCGAACGCCCUCGCCGCUCUAAUUCCUUGCCCUUCGUCCCGUUGCUGCUCAUCGAUGGCUUUUCUCGCAAGAGCUUCUCCUACUCUGCCCUUCCCCAGGAGCCUCUCAGACUCUCUGUUCUCAAAUUGGACGGCUCUUGUUUCGAUAUUGAAGUUGCCAAGACAGCCACUGUUUUAGAACUGAAGCAGGCGGUGGAGGCCGUUUUUAGUCACAUGCCGCAGAAGGGACCAGGAAAAAUUUCAUGGCCACACGUGUGGGGGCAUUUCUGCUUGUGCUAUGGUGCUCAGAAGCUAGUUGUUGAAACUGAUCAUAUAAGACAUUAUGGCAUCAAAGAUGGUGAUCAGCUUCAUUUUGUCCGGCAUGUUUCAAUCAGCUACACCAUGACAAAGAAGCAAUCAAAGAAAGGGCUCAUUGGUUCGAAACAAAACACGACGUCAAUACCACGAUCAAUUAGUCUUGAAGAGAUAGAAGCGAUUGACAAAGAGGAAGAGCAGAGUGACAGAGACAUCGAACAGCAUGACGAGGUAUUUUAUGAUUCUGAUGACAUCGAGAAUCCAAAGUCCCCACAUUGUAAUGGUGAAGUUUCUAUCGAACACAAUGAGAGCACACUGCCUAGCUUGUUGGGAGAGUGGUUUCCCUACUCCAGGCUGUCAGCUGUAGGAACCACAUCUAAAAGAAGUUUAGCGUGUGCCCCAAGCAUUGCCACUGGGUUGCUGGUUGGGUUUAGGAAGAUGUUUGGGCUUUGUUUUGAAAAACGCGAUAAACGCUAUAGUCGAAGGGAUACUUGGAGAGUAGAUUAGUGCUCAGGAAAAAUAACAUGCAUUUGUUCCUGCUGCCCAGAAUUUGGUUAGAAUAUCAUAAAAUUAUACUUGGCCUACACGAGACAAGUCAUUUGCCACUUUAAA